AUGGCCCCUCCCGAGACGCCGAUAGCACCGCUCACCGUCGUGGAGGGGCCCCCGGCGGAGCGGUUGGCGGCGCUGCGGAAACUAGCCUGUCACGCACGAGCCGGUGCCGCUCAGCCCGCCAGAAGCGAUGUCUGGUGGCUGGCUUCCUCGCCCGCGGCAGCCUCUGCCGUCCGCGAGGCGAUUGUCGGUGACAAGCCGAGCGGGGUCCUCGAUCCCGCGGUCCUGACGGUACGCCAAGCCGCGGAGCGGCUCAUGGUGAACUCCCGAAGGCUGCGGCUCGGCCCUGCCGCGCGCCGCGCGCUCGUGGGGGAGAUCGCCGACCGGGCGCGUCACCGCGACGCCCUCGGGCCGCUCGAGUCGCUCGUUGAGACGCCCGGCAUGGCGUCGUACCUCGCCUCGCGAUUCCGCGCGUUGCGUCGAGAAGGCGUUGGCCCCCAGCAAGCCGGCGCUACUCUGCGCCGUGCGGAUGGGGAACGUGUCGGGCCGGUGCUGGCGCGGCUCUACCGCGACUACCUGGCGGCGCUCGACCGCUACGAGCUGCUCGACGACGAGGGCGUCGUCCUCGAAGCGACGACGCGAGUCAACGACGGGAGCUUAGCGCUCCGCCAUCUGCUCAUCGACCUUCCACUGGGCGCCGCACCGAUCGACGCCGCGUUCGUGCGCUCGCUUGCGAGGGCGGCCAAGAACGUAACGAUCGCUGCCUGCGAUGCUUCGGCUGAAGCGGCGACCGCGCCUUGGCGUCAGUUUGUCGGACCUUCCACGAAGAACUUCGAGCGAGUUGGCGCCGGCGACCCGUCGCCUUCGCUUCCCGCCGGAUUGCAGACGAUCCGCGUGGGGCUGUUCGACGAAACCGCGCCGCCGAGUUCUGAGGCGAGUGGCGUCGCCGUCGUCGCCGGCGAGAGCAAGCAAGACACCGCCCGCCGCGUCGCCCGCCGUGUGAAGCGACUGCUAGUCCAGGAACCCGCAAAGGCCAACGACGUUGUCAUCGCCGCGCCUCGCUUGGAGGCGGCCGCCCCGCGCUACGCCGAGGCGCUCGCCGAGGUUGGCGUGCCGGUCACCGUGGACUCCGCGCCGCGGCUUGGGGAGGCGCCGCUCGUCUCGGCGGCGAUCGACCUGCUGACCGUCGCCGAGACCGACUGGCGUUUCGACGACCUGCUUCGCCUCAUCGGCCGGACCGAUCUCAGGGCCCUGUCGGCUGCCAGCCCCGCGCCCCGUUUCGCGUCAAUCCGCGCCGGCGCCGAGUGGUUUGUUCGCGCCGUGAAAGCGCCUUCGGGGGCUCGCUACCUUAGGCAGCACGCCGAGCAGCUCGCCGGGCGCGAGACCGCCGAUCGCAGCGACACCGUCCGCCGCCUCCGCGACGCGGCGUUCGCUGCGACAUCGGCUUUCGAUCGGCUCCAUAACGCGAUCGACGCGUUGCCGAAGACGGCCACGCCACUCGGUUGGGUCGACGCCGUCGAUGUCGCCUUGCAGCGGCUUGGACGCGCGGGUUUCAGCGGUUCACCCGACGCCGCAGACCGCCGAGCCGCGGACGCCUUGGAAGAAGCCGCCGCCGCGUUGGAGUCUUUGGCGCGAUGGCGGGGUCGCGAACCGGCCGAACUCGACCUGCGUGGCUUCCUCGCCUUGCUGCGGGGCUGGUCCGCCUCGCUGCGACUGCCACGAGAAACGAGCGCGGCGCCGGGCGUCCGGAUCGUCGGCGUCGAAACGGCGGUCGGCCUGCCGUGCCGCCACCUCUACGUCGUCGGCGCCGACGAGGCGUCGUUCGCCUCGGCGAGCGGCGAGGCUGAGCACGCGAUGCUCCCCUUCAAGGAGCUUGUGUCGCGACCGUCGGAGAGCCUGACGCUUGCUUACGCGGCGCUCGACGAGAAGGCGCAGCCGCUGUCACCGUCGCCGCUUGUCGCCGACGUCGAGCGUCGCUUCACGCCCGGCGCGACGCAGGUCGAAGACGAUCCGCUGCACGCGGGCCUCGACACCGAUCGCCCGCCCGCUUCGCAACGCGACUGGCGGCUGCAGGCGUCGCUGCACGCGAGCACGGGCCACAGCGAAACCCUGAGCGACUACGGCGCCAAGCACGGAAGAGCCUUGCUCGAAGGCCUCGUGGCGGUCGACGCCCGCGCUCGAGGCGAGACGUUCGGGCCCUGGGAAGGGGUGCUCGAAGGCGGCGGAGCGAACGAGACACUCGGCGAACGCUUCGGCGCCGACCACCUCUGGAGCGCGAGUCAGCUCGAGUUGAUGGCGAGCUGCCCCUUCAAGUUCUUCGCAACGCACUUGCUGCGGCUCUCGCCGGCCGAGGGCCUCGCGCUCGACACGGACCCGCGGCGUCGCGGUUCGCUGGUGCACGACGCCUUGGCCGCGUGCCACGCCACCAUCGCUGCGGAGCUGCCCGCGGGUGAGCGCGUUGGCGACCUGCCAUCGGACGAGCUGACUCGGCGUUUGACCGAAGCGAUCAACCGCCUGGCCGACUCGGGCCGGCUCCCGUCGCACGAAGCGGCGUUGGCGAAGAUCGAAGCCCGGCAGGCUUCGCAGUGGGCCGAGGCGUACGCGGGGCAACAGCACGCCUUCGAGUCGGACACGCGCUGGCGCGAGACGCCGCUGCGGCCCCAACUGCUGGAGGCGCGCUUCGGCCCGGCGAGCGGCGAUGGCAGCGGCGACGACCCGGCGAGCACCGACGAGCCGUUCGAGCUGAAGCUCCCCGGCGGCGAGGUGCUGCGGCUCACCGGGCGGAUCGACCGCGUCGACGCGGCGCCGAUCGGCGACGAGACGCUCUUCGCGAUCGUCGACUACAAGACCGCCAAACGAGUCGUCGCCAAAGCAGACGACUUCCAAGCGGGUCGUCAGCUCCAGCCGAUUCUCUACGCGUUAGCCGCCCAGCAGCUCUUCUUUGACGGCGCGGCGACGCCCGUCGCCGCCGGCUACUGGGGCGUCCGCGAGCAAGGCUUCAUCGCGCCAAAGAAACUGCGGCUGGCGACGGUCGAGGACGGCGUCGUUGAGCCGACCGCCGAGUGGCUCGACGCCGUCGAGGCGGCCCGUCGGCACGCGCAAGAGUUGGUCGCCGAAGUCCGCGGCGGGCAGUUCCCGAUGUCGAACCCCGACGAAGACUGCGGCAAGAGCUGCGACUUCGCCAAGAUCUGCCGCGUCGGCCAAGCCCGCAGCCUCGGCAAACUGCCAGCGGCCACGUUCGUCCUGACCGAGCGGUACCUGUCGCACCUCGAUCCCGACGGCGGCGACACGGCGCCGGCCGAGUUGGACGAGGUCGUCGCGAUCACGUUCACAGACGCUGCCGCCCGCGAGAUGCGGGACCGCAUCCGUUCCAAGUGCCGUGAACGAAUCGAACAGGCCGACGGCGACCGGGCGGACUUCUGGCGCGGGCUGCUGCGCCGCAUCGAGGCGGCUCGCGUUUCGACGAUCCACGCUUUCGCCAGCGGCCUGAUCCGCGAACACGCCGUCGAGCUGGGCGUCGACCCUGGCUUCACGGUGCUCGACCCGGCCGAUGCCGCGGUGCUGAAGUCCGAAGCGGUCGACGCCGAGCUGCGGGAUCGCCUCACGCCGAAAGACGGUUCCAUCGACGAGCGCCUCGUCGUCGCCGCCGCGGAGCUCGACCUGCGAGCGCUGCGGGCUGCGGUGCGUGAGCUGGCGGAUCGCGCCGACCAUCCCGACUUCGGGGCGUGGCGGAAGCGGACGCCGGACGACGCCGUCGACGCGUGGCGUGCGUUCUACCGCCAGCGGAUCGCCCCGCGGUACGCCGCCGAGUUGCUCGAAGACGAAGCGAUCGACGAGCUGCUAAGGCUUAUCCCGCAAGCCACGCCGCAGAAGCCGGGCUUCGCCGAGCGGCUCGCCGACUUGGCGGUCGAGCUGCGUGGCUUGCCGGAGGACGACGAUCCGGACGCGGCGCUGAAGCGACUCCAGCCGCUGCUCGCCUUCAGGUUGCCGGAAGGGGGCAACGCCUGCGGCGACAAGGACUGGCCAACCGCCGACGACAAGAAGCGGUUCGUGGCGCUGCUCAAGACGCUGCGGACGCGACUCGAGAAGCAACGCCGAGCCGGCGACCCCGAAUCGAUGCGCCACGCCGCUGAGCUGAGCGGCCUGGUCCACGAGCUGGCGGCCGGCGCCGCAAAGCGCGGCCGCGAACUGAAGCGGUUACGGGGCGUCCUCGACCACGACGACCUGCUCGUCGAAGCGCACCGGCUGCUAACCGAUCCUGCGCUAGCCGACGCGCGGUCACGCGUGGCCGAUCGGGCCCGGAUCAUCCUGGUGGACGAGUUCCAAGACACCGACCGCUUGCAAUCGUCGCUCGUCCAAGCGAUCGCCGCCGAGAAGCAAAGCGAUGACGGCGGCCGGCUCUUCUUCGUCGGCGACUUCAAGCAGUCGAUCUACCGCUUCCGCGGCGCCGAGCCGGAAGUCUUCCGAGACUUGCAAGACGCCACGCCCGAGCGGGGCCAAUUGACGCUGUCGCAGAACUUCCGCAGCACGCCCGCGGUGCUCGACUUCGUCAACGCGGCGUUCGCCCCCUUGUUCGGCGAGCGGUACACGCCGCUCCGAGCGGCGCGAAGGGACCUCGUCGAGGCCCCGGCUGUCGAGGCGCGGUCGAUCGCCAGCCGCCUCCGCGAGCUGAUCGACGGCGGCGAGCCGGUCGUCGGCGAGGGAGAUCGGCUCCGCCCCGCUCGCCCGGGCGACGUCGCCCUCCUCUUCCGAGCCCUCAGCGACGUCGCCCUCUACGAAGACGCGCUACGCGAAGCGGGCCUCGACUACUACCUCGUCGGCGGCCAGGCGUUCUACGCCCAGCAAGAGGUCUACGACGUCGUCAACCUCCUCCGCGCCGUGACGAGCGAGUGCGACGACGUCGCGCUCGCCGGCGCGCUGCGGAGCCCAGUCUUCGGCCUGCCGGACGAGGCGCUCUUUUGGCUUGCCCGCAACGCGAGCCUCAACACGGGGCUCCUGGCGCGGCAGUUUGUCGAUGAGAUGCCCGCCUCGAUGCGUUCGGCGUGCGUGCGCGCCCGCGACACGCUGCGAUCGUUGCGCGAGGCGAAAGACCGGGUCAGCGCCUCCGAGCUGCUGCGGAUGGCGUGGGACGCAACGGCUUACGACGCGACCCUGUGCGCCGAGUUCCUCGGCGAACGGAAGCUCGCCAACCUGGAGAAGCUCCACGAGCAGGCCCGCGAAGCGGACGCCUCGGGCAGCGGCCUGCCGGGCCUCGUCGCGCGGCUCACCGAGUUCCUCGGCCAGCCGCUCAAAGAAGCGCUCGCCGCCACCAACAGCCUCGACGCCAGCGUCGUCCGGCUGAUGACGGUCCACGCGUCGAAAGGGCUCGAGUUCCCGAUCGUCGUGCUGCCCGACCUGAACCGGAAGCCGCGUCUGCAGCGGACGCAGGCGGCGUUCGACCCGGAGCUCGGCCCGCUGGUCCGCCCCGCCGACACGCCAGGCGGCGACAAAGCCCCGCCGACGGGAGUCGACCUCUACGACGCCGCCGAGCGGUACGCCGAGGCGGACGAGCAGGUCCGGCUGUUCUACGUCGCCUGCACGCGUGCGGCCGACAAGCUGAUCCUGUCGAGCUGCCUCGACCCGGCGGAGAAGCUCGACGGCGUCUGGCUCCAACGACUGGCCGAGACGUUCGACCUCGCGACGGGCGACCCGCUCAACGGUCCGCGAGAACGACGCCUGAUGCGAGUCGUGCCGCCACCCGCGCCGGUAUUGCAGCCCAAGUCGAAGACGCGCCGCUCGCUCGGCAAGGCCCUCGAAGCGGUAAGCACCAACGCCGCAGCCCGGGAGCCCGCUUUGGUGGCGCCGAUCGUCGUCGCGCCCGACGAGGUCACCGACUUCUCAGUUUCGCGCCUGAGCGGCCGACUGCAUCGCGCCGAGGAUGCCGAGCCGUUCCCGCGCCCAGAUCCAGACACGGAAGCUGGUCAAGUCGACCCACGGCGAUUGGGGACGCUCGUCCACGCGGUGAUCGAGCGACUGAGCCUCCAACCCGAUCGGUCCGAGAUCGAGGAUUGGGUCGCGACGCUCACCCCCCGACAUCUCCGCCGCAUGCCAGCGGAGGGGGCGGCCGAGGCGAACAAGCUCGUUCGGGCGUUCGUCGCGACGCCGACCUGGCAGGCGAUGCGGGAGGCCAGGCGGAUGGAGCGCGAGGUGGAGUUCGUCCUCCGCUGGGCGCCCGGCGGCGUGGAGCCGGCGACGCUGCGUGGCUAUCUCGACGCGGUCUACCAAGACGCCUCGGGCGACUGGCAUGUUGUCGACUACAAAACGAACCAGACCACCGCCGCCGGCGUCCCCAAGUUGGCGAAGCAAUACGAGUUGCAGAUGAUGGUCUACGCCCACGCGGUCGAAGCGAGCCUCGGCGUGCGGCCCGAGUCUCUGUCGCUGCUCUUCCUGAAGCCGGGCGUCGAGCACGCGAUCGCCUGGGACGACGAGACCCGCCAACGCUCAGUCGAAACGAUCAACGCCGCCAUCAACGAGGCCCGCUCCGCCACCCUGGGUGGUUGUCACGCGCUUUGGGCCGGCGGCUGCGUGCGUGACCAGUUGCUCGGCAAGACACCGAAGGACUACGACGUCGCCACCGACGCCACGCCCGACCGGGUCCGCGAGGUCUUCGGCAAACGCCGCACGAUCGCCGUCGGCGCCGCGUUCGGCGUGAUCACCGUGCUGGGGUCGAAGCGCUCGGGGCCGAUCGAAGUCGCCACGUUCCGCAGCGACGGCGGCUACUCCGACGGCCGGCGCCCCGACGCCGUGCGGUUCACCACCGCCGAAGAAGACGCGUCCCGCCGCGACUUCACGAUCAACGGGUUGUUCUACGACCCGGUCGAGGACGAGGUGAUCGACUAUGUCGGCGGACGCGACGACCUUGAGGCCCAGGUCGUCCGGGCGAUCGGCGUCGCCGACGAGCGGUUCGCGGAAGACCGGCUGCGGAUGCUGCGGGCGGUUCGGUUCGCGGCCGCGUUAGGCUUCCGGCUCGACGGCGACACGGCGGACGCGAUCCGUCGGCACGCAGACGCCAUCGGCCAGGUGAGCCCCGAGCGGAUCGGCGCCGAAGUGAAGCGGAUGCUGACCGAGUCCGACCCGCCGCGCGCGUUGCGACUGCUGGAGGAGACCGGCUUGCUGCGCAGCGUGCUUCCCCCGUUGGCGGAAGCUGACGAGACGUUGCUUCGCGCCGCGUGCGAUCGCCUCGGCAAGCUCUCGGGGCCGUCGCCGUCGCUCGGACUGGCGGCGACGGUGCUCGACGCGGUCGACGACGCCGGCGCCCGAGCGCUCUGUCGCGGACUGAAGUGGACGAACAAGGAGGGCGACCUGGCCGGAUGGCUCGUCGCGAACGCGGCGGCGCUCGACGGCGCGGACACGCGGCCGUGGUCGGAGGUCCAGCCGCUGCUGGCGGCCGAAGGCGGAGCGGAACUGGUCCGCUUGCGUCGUGCGAUCCGCAGCGACGACGAGGCGCAGCGAUUCUGCGACGAGCGCGUCGGCUGGCCGGCCGAACGGCUGGACCCGCCGCCGCUGGUCGUCGGCGCUGAUCUGAUCGCGGCGGGCCUCAAGCCGGGGCCGCGCUUCGCGGGGCGUCGGCUCUUCAGCGCCUUGGCGUCGUCACACCGUGAUCGGCUCGCUAGCCCCGACCAAGCUUGGUCGGGGCUGUGGCGGCGUGCGUCGAUUGCGGCCCCGUGGACGCGCGCGGCGUCGCCGCCUACGAUCCCGGUGUCGCCCCCUCGCAACGUCUUGGCACAGGAAGCACCCUUGGAAUCCCUCCUCUUCGCCGCCGCGGAACCGAACUUCGACGCGGGCUACCUCAUCGCCUUGCUGUCGCGCGUCGCACACACGACCUGCGGUGCGACGCUGCUGGGCGGGCUGAUCUACCUGCGGUUCGUGCUCGCCCCCAGCGCAGCCGGCGCCGACGACAGGGACGAAAAGCUCUUCGCCUCGCGGCGGAAGUCGUGGGCCGCUUGCGUCGCGGUCUGCACCCUGCUGCUACUCGUCUCCGGGUUCUACAACUUCUUCACCUUCAACGCCGCCUACGGCAACCUGCCAAAGCUCUACCACCCGCUCUUCGGCGUGAAGUUCUUGCUCGCCCUGGCCGUGAUGUUCAUCGCGGCGUUCCUCGCCGGAAAGAGGAAGGUCGCCGAGCGGAUGCGUGGCAAGCUGAAGUUCUGGCUGAACGUGGCGAUCGUCCUGGCGUUGGCGGUCUUCGUCCUGGGCGCGAUGCUCCGCUCGUUCCGCGACCUGCCGGACGCACGCGUCGCGGCGCCGCAGGUCGACGAGGCCCCGGCGUUUGACGACUCCCUGAUCGAAACUCUCGAGUAA